AUGGCGGAGAGCGGCGGCCAUUUUGUGCGGCUCUGGGAAGACAAAGGCGGGCGGCGCGGAGGGCAGGGCGCCCGCGGCAGGAGGACGUCCACUCAGGAAGCGGCCCAGGCCGAGUGGGCCGGGCCGGGGAGAGGGACGGGCAGCGCCCUCUCCAGAACCUUCCUCCUGCCUGAGCUCCUGGUCACCCGGCUGCCAGAGGGCUUAUUGCCCCUUCAGGGGUGUUCUGGGUGGCCUCCAGAAUGGAUGCCUCACGCGGUCUGGGUCCUCAUUGGCCUGAUGUCGGGGCAGCCUUUGACCAAGUGGCCUGAGGGGCUCUCCUGCCUUCUCGGGACACCCCGGCACAGCCACCCCACCGUGAUCCAGGCUGGCACCUCCUGUCUGCCCAGUGCGGGGAGAGGGGGCCACAGGGGCGGCUGCCAAGAAACACCCCAGGGGUGCCUGGCCACAGCACGCCUGACCUCCUGCAGCACUGAGACCCGGCCUGAGCCGGGCAGAGCCGCCCACAACAGCCUCUGGCGCCUCAAGACUCCUAUCCUGCUUCCUGGCUCAUGUCCUUUCUGGGGCGUCCCCUCCCCACUUCCUCUGGACAAGAGGCACGGCCCCCUCACCCCAUCAGCCAGUGCCUGGCUCAGAACCCCAGCCGUGAGGCAGAGGCCAGCGACGCUCCUCUGGGAGCCCUGA